GUCACACACACACUCCGGCUGGGCCCAGAGGGAAGGUGAGAGGGAAUGAAGGUAGGUGGUGGGGGCAGGGGCCAUCCAAGCGUAGCUCCUGCAGCCUGCUGAACCUGUGCACCCUGCAACCGUGGAGCCUACCCUCCUUUAAACUUUAAGCCCCGAUUGGCAGCGAUUCCGGAGUGUCAUCACUCCCAGUGUGAGGUGUGUGGGUGUCCACACUGGUUCACGGGGGCCCCUCCACGGUGGUGCACGGAACAGACGGCAGCCUGGCGGGGCAGCCAUGACAGACGAGAAGACCUUCCGCAUAGGCUUCAUUGUGCUGGGGCUCUUCCUGCUGGCCCUCGGCACGUUCCUCAUGAGCCACGACCGGCCCCAGGUCUAUGGCACCUUCUAUGCCAUGGGCAGCGUCAUGGUGAUCGGGGGUGUCAUCUGGAGCAUGUGCCAGUGCUACCCUAAGAUCGCCUUUGUACCCGCUGAUUCUGACUUCCAAGGCAUCCUGUCCUCGAAGCCUCUGGGCUUGCUGGAGAACGGGCUCACUGCUGAGAUGAAGAGCCCCCAGCCUCCCUAUGUCAGGCUGUGGGAGGAAGCCGCCUAUGACCAGAGCCUGCCUGACUUCAGCCACAUCCAGAUGAAGGUCAUGGGCUACAGUGAGGACCCCCGCCCCUUGCUGGCCCCUCAGCUGGGACAGCAGCGGCUGGAAGCCAGUGAAAAAGGAGAAGGUGGCCAUCCUGAUGCUCAGGCCUGGAUGGAGGCUGCCGUGGUCGUCCACAGGGGCUCAGAUGAGGACGAGGGAGAAAGAAACCCAACUCAGAGCAGGCUUGGCCCCCAAGCCUGUCCUCAGGGCCCUGCUGCACCUUUGGCUUCUUUCCAAGAUGAUCUGGACUUGGGUUCCAGCGAGAGUGGCAGCGCCAGCCCAUCUCCACCUGAGGGGGAGGAGCCUGGAGCCCAGCCACAGGAGCCCUGGGCCUGCAGGUACAGGCUGGACCGCUUCCAUGAUUUUGCUCUGAUCGACGCCCCCACAUCAGAGGAUGCUCCUCCAGAGGGGCAGUGGCCGGACACAGCCCCACCCGGCUACUGGCAGCGUUCCCCAAGGACAAAGGAGGAGGAGGCGGCUUCGGACACAGGCAUGGAGGAGCCAGAGCAGGAGGAGGAAGACUUGUACUAUGGGCUGCCGGACAGCCCCGGGGACCCCCUCCCAGACAAAGAACAGGGCUUUGAGCCCGAUACCCAGGGCUGAGAUGGAACUGCCCCUGGGUCUAGCUGGGCAGGGCUGUUAGCCCUGUGUCACCUCACAGGGCCUCAAUUUCCCUAUCUGCGAAAUGGGGCUAUACGGAGGUGCGAAUGAGAUGGUGGAUUCUAGAGCACUUGGAGAACUGUCAAGAAACACAUAGGGAGGAGGUGAUUACUUUCAAUGGACCAUCACCCGUCCAGUUGUUAUGUUUUGGGGGGUAAAGCUUUGAAGGUAAAAUGUGAUGUGUUGUGAAGAUUUGCGACAGCUGGGGCCCUCAAGAGCCUUGUUUGCCUUCCCCCGAAGCUGGUCUCUGACCAGGAGCCUUCCUCAGUGCUGUGCCUGGGUCCCUGAUGCUCUGUGAAGGCCUCUGUGUUCCUGUUCCUGUUGAGUCUUGUGAUCCACCUGGUAGCUGGUGUGAUCUGUCUUCAUCCAGAACGAACCACAUCACCCCUGCCCACAUUGCUCCAGGAUCUAAAACCUUCCAUGACUGACCUCUGCUGACCUCCCAACUUCCACCCUGGUCAGCCCCACGCCACACCCUCUGCUUCUCAAUUCCAAGGCCAUGCCCUGCCCCACACGCACACCCUGCUGCCCCAUGCCCUUCCCACACUAUCUGCCCCUCUUCCAGGAAGCCCUUUGGCAUAGCUGUCCCUUCUCUGAAAGCCUUUUCUGAUGUCACCGCCUCCUAGAAUAAGUUAGUCCUGGCUCCUUGGUGCCACCUUUGUGCCUUUUUACACUUAUCACUGGAGUUUGACUGUCUGCUCAAGGCUAGCAUCCUUGCUUUACUCCCCUUGGUAUAUCUCCUGUGCCCAGAGUCAGUGGUCAUUGAGGGUAUAAGGAACUGACCAGAACUCAGGAAACUUUUGCAAAUAAUGUCCUCCUUUCCUACUUCCCUAACACUUAGACUCCCAGCCCCUUCACUCUCAGGCAUUCAAACCUCCAAAUAGCCUACAGAGGCGUCACAAAGCCAGGCAAAGAGCCUUCAGAGUAACCUCCUUCCCUUCAGAAUACAUCUGCAUUGGGCUAGGAUUGUGGGUGAAAUGAACCUUCCUGGCUUAACUCGAUUUGACUGAGAUGCCAUUUACUGAGCAUCUACUAUGUGCCAGGCAUUAAGCCAGGAUCUUCAGGGGAAAGAGACAUGAACUAACAGUUCUCGCCCUCAAAGGACCCACAGUCUAGUGGGCUUGGUUUCUUGUAAGUUAGGGACAGAGUGCAGAUCAAGAGUGGAAGAGAAGUAAAAAAGUGGCCCACCAGAGGCAGCAGGGUGUCAACCCCACAGUCAUCUGGGGUCAGCGAAUGCAGGGCAAGCAGCUCAGCCUGCUACGGCAGCCCCUGAAGAUACCACUGCAUUGCAGCAUCACAGAGUAAUGCUGUUAGUAUGCUGACCUCUGCCAAGCCCCUCCAUGUCCCAGCCCAGGGACCAUGGCAGCAUCAGAGGAAGGGGCAGUGGCACUACCUCAGACCAGGUCCACACACUCAGAGGAGACCUUUACGUGGGCUGGGCCUCUGGAUCAGGACUGAGGGACCCGGCAGUGGGGAAGGGAUAUCCUCCAUGCUGGGUCAGAAGGGCACUCCUGGAACACACUUCCUUUUCUUUCUGGGUCAUUCUGUCUCCCUCCAGUGUAAAGCCUUGGUAGUGGAAGGUGUCCCCAGGCUCAUCUCCUGUGCGGUACUUAACAUGUUCCCACUCAUUAGACUGGGGCGAGGCGUGUCCCUGAGCUGUGUUUACAAAGGCAGGGGGAGAGGGGCACCUGCAUCCGGAACAGCAUUAGCACGAAUGGCUAAAAUAAAAAAGUUUUCAAUGUUUAAAGGGGCCACCUUCAUUCACCUGCAAAUUUGUUUAUGUAAAACCACCUGCCCACGCUCUGGACAGGGUAAAUGAGGCAUCGUGCCUGGCGGGCAGCGUGGGCACCCUCUGGAAAGUGAACACCAAACACAGCGGUGUGACCACGUGGAACAGCUGUGUGGUGCGGAAUCCCAGAAGUGGCCCCAAUGUCCCUGAAUCACAACAGGUAGGCAUUCCCCAGACCUUAUUAGAGAACCAAGAACCUCUGGCUGCCAGGCCCACCUGCAGAGAGAUGCCAACCCUGCCCCAGGAAGCUGCACCGAGGACUCGCUCGGGGCAGGGGAGAGCCAUGGGACGACUCGGGCUUUGGCUGCAGUUCUAGCUCCCCCACCAUCUCACCGCAUGAUGGGGAGACCACACACCUGGUUGGCUCAGGACAGCCCUAAUUUAUGCCCGCUGUCCUUGCUUAGUUAUUAGUAGUGCUCCCUUUCUCUCUCAAAGGUAUCUCAUUGAAAUGAUAAAUUAUAUAUUCAUCCUUCUCGGGUUCUGUGAUCUGCCUCAAGAGCUUAUUACAUAUGAAAUCCCACCAUUGUGCCUGUUCCCUUGGCCUUGCCACGUUCAGUGUCCUCUAAGAACACAGGCCUCGGGGGUGGCUAGUUGGCUGACUAACCGGGAG